GUCACCACCAGGCAGGCAGGGGUUGGGUCAUCACUGGGUUGGGUGGGUCGUCACUGACUUGUGAAACAUACCAGCUGAAGAGUCACAAACAACACACUCAGCUGCAGGACUCCAGAGGGUGAAGUCACACAGGCUGUCAAUCCUCAGGAUAUUUCGUCAACUCCCAGUUUGCUUCGACUAAACUAAGCCAAGAUGAAUCUGCCUUUAUCGGUGCUUGUUUGUCUGUCAGUGGUGAGGCUUUGUGCGGGAGACGAGCCUGCGGAGGAAGUCAUCGAGCCAAGAAAAGUGCCUCUCCUGGGCGGCUGGUUUGAAAGGAGUCCAGAGUCCCAGGAGGUUCAGGCUGCAGCUCAGCACGGCGUGGACACGUUCAACACCCACUCGAAGGCCAAGAGGCUGUUCAAACUGGCAUCCGUCAUCUCUGCGCAGACCCAGGUGACCAACAGCAUCAACUAUCGGAUCAAUGCAGUGCUGAGGAAAACCAAGUGUCUUAAGGCUGAAAAUAACGACGUGAACACUUGCACUCUGGAGAAAAAGCAUCUCAAGUGCCACUUUGAGGUGAUGUUCAACCCCCGCAACAACAAACAUGAGAUGCAGGAGUACAAGUGCAAGAAGACCGUGCCCAAAGUUUAGCUUUUUUUUUUUUAGGAACACUUUGUUUCAUUUUGAUACAAUAUUGAAGUGAUUUAAAAUGUUGCACAAAAAAUAUGCUUGGAAUACUGGGAUGCCACUUUAUAUUAAAUGUGAUUUAUUACACCAA